AUGACGUCUCCGUCCCAAUUGUCCCCCGACGCCUUCCCGGCCUGGGCGCUCCUCAACGAUGUGGUCUUUUCAGGUGUCAAGCUGCAGCAAACCGAGGACAGGGGCUUUGGCCUCGUGGCAGACGGUGACCUCGGAGCUUCUGAGAGCAAUGCGUCGCCUCUGAUGAGAAUACCCCAGGACCUCGUCCUCUCCGCCGACGCUGUCGACGAGUAUUCCAAAGUGGAUCAGAACUUCAAGCAGCUCUUGGAGGCGGCUGGACGUGAGUCUACACGCAAAGACAUCAUGCUGUACCUGCUCUGCCACCUGGUCCACUCCAGGCGAGGUCCCUCGGCAUCCAGGGGCGUCCCCUCCACACCCUGGACCGAGUACGUUCGAUUCUUACCUCGCCCUGUCCCAGUCCCCUCCAUGUGGUCUGAGCCGGAACGCACGCUGUUGAACGGCACGUCAUUGGAGACGGCCCUGCGAGCCAAGUUUGCGGCCUUGACGCACGAGUUUGAUGAGCUGCGCGACAAGACCGAGACCAUGCCGUUUUGGAACUCCUUUCUGUGGGAAACAGGCAUGACGUCUCUGGAUGACUGGGUGUUGGCAGAUGCAUGGUAUCGCUCGCGGUGCCUGGAGCUGCCACAGAUCGGAGAUGCCAUGGUACCUGGCCUCGACAUGGUGAACCACUCGGCCAGCCCGACUGCAUACUACGAGGUGGACGGAACCAACGGCGUGGCACUGUUGAUGCGUCCGGGUUGCACCGCGUCGUCAGGGCAGGAGGUGACAAUAUCGUACGGUGACGCCAAACCCGCCGCCGAGAUGCUCUUCAGCUACGGCUUCAUCGACAAGGACAGCACGGCACGAGAGUUGGCGUUGCAUCUCGAGCCUUUCCCGGACGACCCGCUGGCCAAGGCAAAGCUACACGUCUUCAAGGGUCCACCAAUCGUGAAGCUGUCACUGUCAUCUGACGGCCAGACCUUGACCUGGGACAGCCAGUUUGUAUACCUCAUGUGUCUCAAUGAGGAGGAUGGCCUCGGCUUCCGCGUCCUGCAGGACACGGCGGGAGGCCGACAGCUGCGGAUGUUGUGGCACGAGGACGACGUGACAGAACAAGCCGGUGACUUUGAGGCACUGAUACAAGGGCAUGACCUUUGUGAGGUGUUCAAGCUCCGCGCGGUAGCCGUGCUGUCCGAGAAGAUCGAGGCACAGCUUGCCAGCAUCAAAGCGGGGCCCCCGGAUGACCAGCUCCAACCGCUGGUCGCGGCCGGCCUGCUGAGGGAGGAGUGCAUUGAAGCCGCCAGGGCGCUGAAGAAGCUGGAGACGGAGCUGCUCGAGGCAGCAGCGGCCGCGCUCGAACAACAGAAAUCGAGUCUCCUCGCACACGACCACGUGGUGGCAUAUCUCGGAUCGAUGGAAGAUGCCCAAAACGAGCAAGGGCCGAGGUUAUCCUCGUCCAAUGAGGACGACGACUUCAGCUGA